GAAUCAUGACACCGUCACAUGCAAAUAAAAUGUUUCAUCUUGAAACUGUGUCAACUCACUAGUGUGUAAACGUUUUAUCAUGAUUCAAUAACGCAAAUAUUGAUGGUGUAUACAUUUAUUCUUUAUUUUUAAAACUUAAUCAAAAUGUGCAUUAGGACAGUGUUACAAUUCAAGUCUGUAGGUCUGAAUUGUAUAAGCUUUCGGAGAACACAUUCGGACAUACGAAAUGGACUUGUUGGAAUGGUAGGAAGAACACCUCUCGUUCGACUGAACAAAAUCAGCGAAGAAACGAAAUGCAAUAUACUAGCAAAAGCUGAAAUGUGUAAUGGAGGGGGAUCAGUCAAGGAUAGGGCGGCAUAUUUUCUGAUACAAGAUGCCAUUAAAAAAGGUUUGCUGAAACCUGGGGGUACAGUUGUUGAAGGAACAGCUGGUAAUACCGGAAUUGGACUUGCCCAUAUGUGUCUUUCAAUGGGUUUCAAGUGUGUAAUAUUUAUGCCAAAUAAUCAGUCUCAGGAAAAGAUUGAUUGUUUGAGAACUCUAGGUGCAGAAGUUACAACAGUGCCAGUCUGUCCAUGGAAUGAUCCAAACAAUUAUAACCAUCAUGCUAGAAGAUACUCUGAAAGCUUGAGCAAUGCUGUAUGGACUAACCAGUUUGACAAUCUUGCUAAUAAACAAGCACAUAUUGAAACCACUGGCCCAGAAAUAUGGAAAGAAACAGGGGGGAAAGUUGAUGCAGUGACUUUUGGAACAGGAACAGGAGGAACUCUUGCAGGUGUAGGAACAUAUUUGAAAGAAAAAAAUAAUAAAAUUCAAGUUGUUUUAGCUGACCCUCAAGGUAGCGUGCUUUAUAAUUAUUUCAAGCAUGGCAAAUUGGAAAGAACACCAGGUGAUUCUAUUACUGAAGGCAUUGGCCAAGGCAGACUUACUGAUAACUUAAAGGGUGCUCCCAUUGACGAUGCAUCUGUGGUGAUGGAUAAGGAUGCUGUCAACAUGACAUUUAGACUGUUGCAUGAGGAGGGAUUUUUAGUUGGAGCUUCUUCGGGACUGAAUGUAGCAUCUGCUUAUGAGGUCGCAAAAUCCAUGGGACCUGGCCACACUAUUGUUACUUGUUUGUGUGAUAAUGGACAGCGUUAUUUUGCAAAGCUAUUUAAUAAAAAUGUUUUAAAGCAAAGAGGACUUCUUGAAACAUUACCUGAAAUAUAUCAUAAGUAUUUACAUGAAAGUUAAUUUUUCUUGUGUAUAUUUAUUUUAUAUUAUAUAUUAUCCCUGAUAUCAUGUAUGUAUGAUGUUGAUUCACAUAAUUAAAUGAUUGAAUAAUAUAUGACAAAGGUAGAGACUCAAUAUCAUGACUCAGCCACUGUCAACCUUCAAAUAUUUGACUUUUCCCUCCAAUAAUAUUAAUAAUGUUCAGAAAACUUUUUUGGGUGGUUCAAUUUGUGCCUAAAAGUUGAGUUCCCUUCUCCUAUAACAAUCAUUUUAUUUCAUUUAAAAAUGAAUUUGAUGGAGAUAUAUUAAAUUAGAAAUGUUUUUUAAAGUUUUUUUGUUCUUUUUGUAAAUUUGUCAAUUAAAGGUACCGGUAUCUUAAGUAUUCUUAGAACAAUAACUGCCAAUUUUUAAAACCUUGUUUAUCAUCAGUUACUGCUACCGGUAUGUCCAAUGUAUUAUUACUUUUUAAUAAUUAAGACCAAAAACUUACUGUACGUAUGAGUUGUUCUUUUAUUAUAAUUUGUAUAUUAUGUGUCCUUUGUUGUUCUUAUUAAAUUAAACUCUCAAUAUUUUCUUUUUUAAUAAGAAUUUUGUUAUGAAAUUACUAGUUAAAAAUCUUAGUGCCGUGUUUUGCAGACAUAAAAAUUCACUUCAAAAUAAUUCAGCUUAGUGUUAGGGUAACUUUGAAAUUUUAAGAUAAAACAGUGCCACGGUUAAUCCCGAUGGAAAAACUGUGAUGUCUUUUUAAUUAACUACAAGUUAACUUAUUUUUAAAAUUCCUGACACGAUUAAUUAAUUAGGUAGAGCUACAUUUUUUGUAAAUUCGCCGUACACAUACAUUACAGCUGUAAUGUGUUAAAAGUUUUGACUUUUUUUGUCUAAUAAACCCAUUAUUCAAACUUCACAAAUGUCAGGCACUAAACAGCUAUGUUGUUAAAAUACACAUUGGACAUCCCCCACCCUCUCCUCUCUCUGCGUUUUCAACACACCAUGUGUGAGACUGGGAAACUAUGCUGUGUCUUAUGAGCCAUUCAUAAAUGAUGCAGCACUAUUUUGGCCAAGUUUGAUACACCCAGUAAUCUUCCCAUCAAUGUCAAUUACUAAUAAUACAUCAUCACAAAUUUGUUGACCAUCCUCUCCCCCACUAGAUGUGUGCCAUCUCAUUUAUGGAUGACCCCCGGCCUUACACAUAUACAUCAAUGUUAUUGUUAUGUUUUUCCAGUGUGUACUUUAGAAGAUAUUGCUUAUAAUCAUUUUUUUCAAAUAGAAUGAAAUAAUGCUUCUGAAAAAUUUGAACAUGACUGCCUGAUCAACAAACCUCAAGUCGUUUGUUAACAAACAUCAUUGUGGCUCAGGGCAAAUGAGUACCCUGUACAUAUGGCUCAGAGCAAAUGAGUACCCUGUACAUGUGUCCCAAAGCAAAUGAGUACCCUGUACAUGUGGCUCAGAGCAAAUGAGUACCCUGUACAUGUGGCUCUGGGCAAAUGAGUACCCUGUACAUGUGGCUCAGGGCAAAUGAGUGCAUGGUUCAUGUUGAAAUUGUAACAGUCAAAUUAUUUUUCUGGCAUCCCAUUGUCUUACCAGCAAAUACAAUCAGUUUUUACUGUUAGUUUGUUUAUUGUAUUUCAUUUUCUGUACAAUGUCAAAAAUUGGCGUUGGACCAUUGACAGUUUCACAAUCCUUAUACUUACUCAGUAUUUACGGUUUACCAGCAUCAAGGACAAUGGUUACAACUACGACCACUGUCAUG